AAGAAAACUACAAACAAACAUUCAACGACAUGUUACAGUGUUAUCCAUUCCUGCAUUUGACUUACAGACUUAUUGCAGUACUGCUGUACUGACAUGACACACAAGCACACAGACUUGUGAUUACUGGAUUAUAAGAUUAUGGAAUAAGAGUAAAAUUAUAGACAAUUAUAUCAUAAAUUUGUACAUAUUGCUGCAUUGACACACAUUCAAUUUGUUUUUAAUAUAAGUUAGAUAUUCAUCUUCUGUUAUUGUCCUACUUUGGUAUCACUCAGUACUGGGAUCAGAAGCUGUUAUUAGAGCCAUAGGCAGCUGUCUGGCUGUGCAAUGACUGAAUAAUCUGGUUGUAAGGUUUUUUUUUUUUGUAUUGAUCAAGAAAUCAAAAUAAUAUUAUCGGUUAAUAAUUUGAUGCUAAUAUCUUCCGUUUUGUUUGCAUUAUCACCGAUGCGCUGAGUUAUUGGUUAAAAUCAACAUUAAAUUAAUCAAUAAACCAUAUCUGUAUAUAUGCUGAUAAUGUUGUAAUAGAAUACCGAGUUUAAAAACAAUUAAAAAUUCAAUUUUCAUUUCGUAAUGAUUGCAUUCUUUUCCUUUCAAUAGCCUACAGCUAAUCCAUUACUGAAAUGCACUGUUUACUUGUAUAAAAUUAUGUUAUAUUACUCAAACUAUAAAUUUUAUAUAUCAAUAUAUGUUGAAAAAAAAUGUUAAAAUUAAAACUAAAUAAUAUAAAUUUCUUGCAUUCUUCAUUUCAAGUUCGCAAGUCUGUAAGUUGCCAUGCUUUUGAUGAUCUGUGGCGAGAAAAGGUUUAACAACUUCAUUAUAUUAGUAAUUUAUACAGUUGUACAUGCAUCACAAUCAAUGAAAUGGCAUUUUGUUAUUGACACAUUGUUUGGUUUAUAGCCAGCUGCUUGAUAAGGAUGCUUUUAGUUUGGACAAGCUUGAUCAAUGCUAUUAUUGUUCUACUGGUCUUCUUGGUGUAACAAUUUUGUUUUUCGAUUUUAUUACUGUAUUAUGACAUUUGUGCAUACACUGUUUGCAGAGGUCAUUUAAGUUUUGAUUCAAAAUGUCUUUAAAGGCGAAAGGUCCACUGCAUCAGUUACAAAUUGAGGUGGAUCAAUUGAAAAAAGAGAUCGAUGCUGCCGAGAAAAGCAUUAGAGAAUAUAUCAAAGAUGCAUCGAGCAAUGUGGAAUCAUUGAAUAAAGAUUAUAAAUCAUGUAUUGAUAUGAAAAUGAGAUCUUCUGCCCUAUUACUGAGAGCCCAUGAUUUGAAAAAGCUCGAUGAAAAAGUUCAAAAUUUUGAUGUAAAGAAGAAUGAAGAGAUAAAAAAGGAUACAACAAUUACAGGUUUGUCUGAGCAAGAACCCAAUAAUAAUCCAUUCAUAUUUAGAAUUGCUCGAUUGAAUACAUUGAUGGACGAAGUUGAAUCAUCUUCUAGUGAAGUUGAACAUUUAAGGUCUCUCCGCCACAGCCAAGAACAACCAAUCGCUCAAUCUUCUCACCCUCAGAAUCGAGUCACUCAUGAUGAGGAAGAAGUUGAAGAUGGAGAUGAAACGGAGGAAGAAGAUGAUGAGGAAGAAGAAUAUGAAGAUGAUGAAAAUGGGGAUGAACUAUAUGAAGUUCUUAAUAAUUUUAAAGGAGAACAAGAAGGCGAUCUAACUAUAGAAGAAGGGGAUGUUGUAUCACUUGUGUAUAGGCAGGAUGAUGGAUGGUGGAAAGUGAAAGAUGAAGAUGGCAAUGUAGGGAUGGUUCCAUCAAAUUUUCUUCAAGAAUAUGAAGAUGAUGAUGAAGAAGAAGAGAGCCAGCUUCAGGAGGAUACAGGAGAAGCAACCGCUUCACAACCGCCAACUGAAGGUGAAUCUCCAACAAGAAGCGGAAAAGCAUUGUGGAAAGGCAUAAAAGAUGCAGUUAAUGAGCCUGCUAAAACGGAUGUCACUGAUGUCUUGGCUGCGUUGGGAGCGAUUCCUGCUGGAUUUCGUCCUUCUACUUUGGGGAGAUUUGUAUCCCAAGAUGAAUAUACAUUAAAGAACGCUGUGCUUCCAUCCUUCACUGAAUCCAACACUGGUCUUCAAGAUCUGCAUUGGGAUCCUGCAUUAAAUCAAAUUAGAUCACUUCCGACUCGAGUGCUUCGUAGUUGUAGAUUGUGGAGUUGUAGAAUGAUUCCACUUGCUGGUUCUGGUGUUGAAAUACUGAGCAGACAUAUUCGCCUUGCACUUUUUAAUGGAACAAAUAUUGUCAGCAAUGUUCACACCGUCAGAGCAAAUAGUUCAACAAACUCACCGAAGCUAUGGACAUUUUCACCUAGGGUAACUGGAAUACUUCCUAGCCUAAUGGAUGGCUCGUGCUUGGUACGAUCUGAUAUUACACACAGCAAUCUUGGAAUUUUAUUUGAACUUGGGAUUACAUAUAUCAGGACACCUCCACGAAAAAUAAUACACUUCAGCGACGGCCCGUCUGCAAAAUACAGUGAUUCGGAAGAGGAGGGCGCUAGAGACAGGCUUGUUAAAACAGGAGAACAUGCCGAGUUAAGUUGUGGAUGGGUUUUCUUGAAGCUAUUUGAUGAACAAGGGAUGGCAAUUCCAAACAAAACAUAUGAACUCCCAGUGAAUGGUGGAACUCCGUUUGAAAAAGGUGUUGAAGUCGACCCUUCAAUAUCAAGAAGAGCAUCUUCAAAUAGGUUCAGAAAUUUAUUGACAGCAAAUAAGCAACCAAAGCUCAUCAUCAAACUUGGAACUCCAAACAAUACUAAGAAGAAAAUCAUGAAUCUUCUUCCGGCGAAUAUUGUUCUUCCAUCUACUUAUUGUGAGCUCGUCUCGUUUUACCGACGAAUGUUGGCUGAUGCAUUGAUAAGAGACAGACUGUCACCUCGAGAUGCCGAUCCCAUUCCUUGUCCAGUUUUAUCAACAUUUCCCAAGGCUUUGAUGCAAUCUGAUAUUAUGGAUGCUCUAAGGAGUGCUUGGAUGGAUAAAGUGAAAUCAAUGAGGAGAGGUGACAAGAGAGAUAAAGAAAAUAUGAAGACCCGUUUCCGAGCUGUGUUUUUGGAAAGUGUAUAUGUUCUUAUGCAUUCUGCAUCAUUACCUGCAGUGCAAUGGGCACAUCCACAAGUUGAACAAGAGAGAUGGCAGAAAAUAUUUCAGCAUGUACAAAAUGCUAAAUCUGCAGUGACAACAACAGCUGGUGUCAAAAUUGAUACUACCAAUGCAGUCCUUAAAACUUUGUUGUCAUCAAAUGUUGAACAUCUACCAUUUGACAUGGAGGAAUUGAACUUUAACCUCACUGAAGAUCACAAGAAUUUGUUGUCAGGACUUGUAUGAUGCAUACAAAUUGGAGCUGAUUCUCGUCAUAUAUGACACCAAAUGUGAUAAAUAUAUCGCAUUCGUUUAUUUGUAGUGUAUAUGUCACCCAUUAGAAUCAUUUUCUGGUAUCUUUUUGAAUGCAACUAUGGUAUCAUUUAAUUUUUUUGUAAGAAUACCAGGUUGUAGAACAUGUUUGUAUUAAUUACUGUGCCUCAUAUUAAAUUAUAGUAAUCAAAUCUGCAAUUACCACUGUUUAUUUGUUUUGCAUCCAAAAUAUAUUUUUAUACCGA